GCAGACUCAUUCAAAAAAUAAAAAGCAAUUGGAUAAUGUUCAAUGAUCAUCUAUUGCUCCAUUCCCACUCCCACAUCACUGUCUUUUCAUUCGGUUGAUUUGAAUCUCUCUUUCAGUGUUGGGCUUCAAAUUUUGAACUUUGACAGUUUUCAUGAUUUCGGGUGCUGGAGAAUUCAUGGGAGAUGUACAUAUUGAAAAGGAAAUAUCUGAGAUCCCUUCAACAGUGAGUACUUGUAUUCACAUCAGGUCAGACAUUUUUCAAGUAAUGGUUACCUCCUAGAAGUACAUGGUCAUCAGAAAAAGCAUUUGAGGAUCUUGUAUUUAGAGAUGUCAUUAGAUGCUCAGAAAAUUUGGUGGUCGUUUCUUCUGAACGGAAUCCAGGAUGUUCUUACCACAGCAUUUGUACAUCUGUUUCUGAAGGAUGUUCAUCGUCUUCUAAACCUUGCAUCUCCAUUUCAAGCCCUACAGUCCUGGAAGGAAGAGCAUCAGGACUUAGGGAAGAAUUGCUUGUGAGUGCAAGAUCUGAAGUUGUGGAAAGCAAUUACAACUAUAGGGGUGUCCCUAUCUUUUUCCAAGGGUUGAUGCUUCCGUUGUCCAGUUUACGAUUUGCCUGGAGAUUGUCAUUGUUCUCCUGAAAACAGUUUUUCUCUUACUUGAGAUGCAUUCAAGUUCAAGUUCAGAGCAUUACAUCUAGAGUGUGUACAACUUUGCGUGGUUCUUCUGAUGAUAUUGGAUGGUUGCAAUGCACACCCGGAAUGGCUUCUGUGGAGGAUGGUACGGCGAGAUUUUUGGAAUUGCUUGCAGGCAUAAGGCAUCAGUUGAGCAUAAUGCAUGGGAACUGAAGCAAUAUAUUGAGGAGCUCUACUGGGGAUCUGGCAAGCGUGUAAUGCUGCUAGGGCACAGCAAGGGUGGAGUUGAUGCUGCAGCUGCAUUGUCUGUUUACUGGUCUGAUUUGAAAGACAAAGUUGCUGGUUUGGCACUUGUACAGAGUCCCUAUGGUGGCACCCCUCUAGCUUCUGAUAUUCUCCAUGAAGGUCAGAUUGCUGACAAAGAAACCCGGAAGAUCAUGGAGUUCUUGAUAUGCAAGCUAAUUAAGGGUGACAUAAGGGCAUUGGAGGAUCUCACAUAUGAGAAGCGGAAGGAGUUCAUCAUGAAACACAAGCUCCCUGAAAAUAUCCCUUUGGUCUCCUUCCAUUCUGAGGCAAGUAUAGCUCCUAGUGUCCUUGCCACAAUGACUCACAUAGCCCAUGCGGAACUUCCCUGGCUUCCGUUUCCCAACUUUGGCAAUGAGGAGUCUGAUAAUGUUCAAGCAGGACGUCAAGUGCCUGUAGUGAUUCCUUUAUCUGCAGCCAUGGCUGUAUGUGCACUCCACUUGCAGCUCAGGUAUGGGGAGAAGAGUGAUGGUCUAGUGACAUGCCGUGAUGCUGAAGUUCCAGGCUCAGUUGUCGUCAGACCAGACAAGAAGCUUGACCAUGCCUGGAUGGUGUACUCAUCAAGGAAGAAGAAUCCUAGUGAACCUGAUGCUUGUGAAAUGUGUGAGGCUCUUUUGACACUGCUUGUGGAGCUUGGGAAGAUGAAGCAAGAAGCAAGGGAGAAUUCUAAGGACUAAUCCAUAGUUCAAACGGCAUUCUUUGUUAUAUCCUUACAUUUAAAAAAAGAAAAAAGAUAGUAUCGUUACUUGAAUUAACUUAUCAUGUCUUUUUAACAAUUAUUCAGAAACAUUUCAGCAAAAAAGGGAAAAAUUCAAUAGAAAUGAAUGGUGGCAAAAUCUUGCUACUUUGUUGUGGAU